AAAACUUCAUUAUGAAGUAUGGUCUAACAUUUUAUACUUAUUUAAUAACUUUCUAUGAUAGACUUAAUUACAAUUAACUUAUUGUCCUCGACCAACUGAACCGUUCAUUGCUCCAGACAUUGACAUUCCAGAAAUAGCAUUAAUCGGCCUUGUGUCAAUCGACCGAUUUUUGAGUUCAAACUGCAAUUCGAAUAAAAUAACAAAAGUAAAGUUGUGCACACUUUGAUAAGAUAAAAACGAUGUUUCCGCUGGAUUAGCAAUUUUCAUUUACCGUUAAAAGUCAGCUAUCAAGGACAUUUUUAAAUUGCCAAUGAGCGGCAAUAUUACAUAAUAUUUCACAACGUUGGGCAGUAUUAUACAAUUUAGAAAUAAUGAGGUUUGCUUAGAUAUAAUGUGUGGUUCAGAAAUCAGUUGUUCGUCAAAUACUGUGAACUAAAGACGUGAUUAAAAAAAUUGUUAGCAGAAAUCGAAUUGAUCACUGUCUUUACCUUUAGAGUUAAUUUUGAACUUGGCUGUGAUAAUAAUUUUGCAUUAUGGAAGGAAAAAGUGUUUUUAACAAGUACAAACUACAAUCACAUCCUCAGGAAAAUUCUAACUUCCUCUCAGACUUAUUUUUCUGUUGGACAAUCCCAAUGUUUAAGACUGGUUUUAAAAAAGAACUAACAGAAGAAGAUAUCUACAAACCUUUAAAACGUCAUGAUGCUAGUAGAUUAGUAGGUAAAUUAGAAAAAGCUUGGAACGAGCAGUUGGAUCAAAGUGUUAAACCUUCGUUAUGGAAAGCGAUAUGGAAAAUUUUCAAAUGGGACACUAUAAUAUCAAUGAGCCUUUACUUUUUUAUAGAAUUUAUCAUAAAAAUUAGCCGGCCAGUAGCUUUAGGAAAAUUAAUGGGCUACUAUUCGCCCACUGAGACAGAAGUAUCAAAAACUGAUGCUAUAAUAUAUGCAUCUAUUAUAGUGAUAGCAAGUUUUAUUGAUGCCGUUGUUGGGCAUGCUUGGAUAAUCCAGUUUCAGCAGCUUUCGAUGAAAGUUAGGGUUGCAGUAUCAUCUUUGUUGUAUCGGAAAGCUUUAAGACUUAGCAAAAAGGCUUUAAAUGAAACCACUGUAGGACAUAUCAUUAAUUUGUUGUCGAAUGAUAUGCAUCAACUAGUAUUAUUUUUUGGAGCUUUCAACGCACUGUGGGCUUCUCCUCUUCAAGCGGUACUUAUAUUGUAUAUACUGUAUUACAUAUCAGGACCUACAGCGUUAGCAGGUCUCGUUUUUAUUGUGACACUUACACCCCUCCAAUUACUCUUGAGUAAAAAGGCGGCCUUUUAUAGAUUGCGAAUCGCUUUAAAAACAGAUGAAAGAAUUCGUUACAUGAGCGAAAUUAUUUCAGGAAUCCAAGUAAUCAAGGUCUAUAAUUGGGAGCAACCCUUUGUUAAACUUAUAGAUGCAAUCAGAAGAAAAGAAAUGUACUUAAUUAAAAUCGCAAACUAUCUGAACGCUUUAACCACAUCGUUUUCUUUUUUCAUUGAUCGAACAGCAAUUUUCCUUUGCAUUGUCACCUAUGUUUUAACUGGAAGUAGUCCCAAUGCUCAAUAUGUCUUUGUCUUGGCUUCCUUUUACGACAUGUUGAUGAUUUCUGUUUCACUGUAUCUUCCAGAUGCCGUUUCUGAUAUUCUACAAUCGAAUGUAGCUAUAAAAAGAUUCGAAAAUUUCUUGAACCUCGAAGAAGUUGGUGCUAACACUAUUAUAAGCAACGAAAUUGGUUUAACGAUACAGAAAGCAACUGCUAAAUGGUCAAAAGACUCCACACAAAAUACACUAAAUAAUAUAAACUUGAAAGUAGAAGGUGAUCAGGUGGUUGCUAUUAUAGGACCAAUUGGUAGUGGAAAAUCUAGUCUUUUACAAUUAUGUCUCAACGAAUUGUCUAUAAGCGAAGGCUUUGUGCAAACCGGUGGUCGAAUAUCAUACGCUAAUCAAGAACCAUGGUUGUUUGCCGGUACAGUUAAACAAAAUAUACUUUUUGGUACACCCAUGGAUAAGCACAAGUACAAGGAAGUCAUUAAAGUGUGUGCACUAGAAGAAGAUCUAGGUCAGUUUCCUCACGGUGACAACACAAUUGUUGGAGAGAGAGGUAUACUUUUAAGCGGUGGUCAAAAAGCUAGAAUCAAUCUAGCUAGAGCUGUGUACAGAGAUGCUGACAUUUAUUUACUUGAUGACCCCCUCUCAGCAGUUGAUGCAAGCGUUGGAAAACAUAUCUUCAAUCAUUGUAUUAAGGACUAUUUAAAAGGCAAAUGUGUCAUUCUUGUCACGCAUCAAAUCCAGUAUUUAAGUUCAGUGGAUAAAAUGUAUUUGGUUGUGAACGGUGCAAUUGCGGUUUCGGGUAAUUAUCAAGAGUUACAAGCAUCCGGUGAAGAUUUUGCCAAAGUUUUAAACAAUACGGAAAAUUUUGAUCACGAAGAGGUGUUAGUUGCAAAUGGAACUACAGAUACAAAAGAAGGAGUGGAACAAGAUGAAGAAGAAGAAAAUAGAACAUCUGGGAAAGUAUCAAAGGAGGUUUACAUGAGUUAUAUUCGCGCUAGUGGUUCCUAUUGUAUUUUUCUCGUAAUGAUAUUACUAUUCGUUUUAACUGAAAUCUUUGCCACCGGCUCGGACUACUUCAUCACAUUUUGGGUCAAUUUAGAACAACGACGAUUAGGUGACAAUAUAUCACUUAACUCAUCAGAUUUUUAUUUUGAAGACGUAUAUUUCACAAAAGAAAAUUGCAUUUAUUUGUAUACAGGCAUAAUUGGCUUGUUGAUAAUAUUUGCUACUGUUCGAUCUAUGUCUUUUAUUAGAGGGUGUAUGGUAGCAUCUGUUCAUCUGCAUGAUAAAAUGUUUACCAGCAUUGUGAAGGCGACCAUGAGAUUCUUUUAUACCAAUUCUUCUGGAAGAAUAUUGAAUAGGUUUUCUAAAGACAUAGGAGCCAUAGAUGAGGAUCUUCCGGAUUUACUAAUGGAUGUUCUUCAGUUAACUUUGUCUGUAAUCGGUACUGUUGGAGCAAUAUGUAUCGUAAGUCCUUGGACCCUAAUUCCUACAUUAGCAAUCAGUAUCAUUAUGUAUUUUAUUAGAAUGAUUUUCCUUACAACAAGUAGGAGUAUUAAACGGAUGGAGUCUACAAAUCGCAGUCCUAUUUUUGCUCACCUUACUGAAUCCAUGAAGGGUUUAACGACAAUCAGAGCCUACAACGCUGAACUACUCUUGGAAAAAGAGUUCGACAAUUAUCAAAACGUACAUUCUUCAGUGUUUUACAUGUAUUUAGGGAGCAAUCGAGCUUUUGCCACUUGGCUGGAUUCUGUCUGUGUUAUAUAUGUCCUACUGAUAACUGUGAUCGCAUUGACUAAAGAAACUUAUGGUGGAAAUGUGGGUUUUGUCAUAACUCAAGGAAUGAGUUUAACAGGAAUGUUCCAAUGGGGAAUGAGACGAUGGAGUGAACUAGAAAACCAAAUGACUUCAGUCGAAAGAGUAAUCGAAUACAUUGACGUCAAACGCGAAAGUGACAACCAAACCACAAAACCUAAACUAGAAUGGCUGCAGCACGGCAAAAUAGAAUUUAGAUCUGUCUCCAUGAAAUAUUCGCCAGACGAUCCCUAUGUUCUCAAAAAUUUAAAUGUUGUCAUCAAGCCUAACGAGAAAGUGGGAAUAGUUGGUAGAACAGGGGCCGGAAAAUCUUCGCUAAUAUCAGUCUUGUUCCGUCUGGUAGACUUCGAAGGCAAUAUUUUCAUAGACGAUGUAGAUACUAAGUCUGUGAGCCUCAGUUCCGUGAGAUCUGGAAUUUCAAUUAUUCCACAAGAACCGAUCCUGUUUUCGGGUUCCGUAAGGAAAAAUUUAGAUCCAUUUGAUGAAUAUGGAGAUGAAAAAAUUUGGAAUGUUUUAGAAGAAGUAAAAUUAAAGGACUUUAUUAUAGAUUUACCGGCAGGUCUCUACAGUAAUUUGUCGGAAGGUGGUUCUAACUUUAGUGUUGGUCAAAAGCAACUGAUCUGCUUAGCGAGAGCCCUACUGAGGAAUAAUAAAAUUUUGAUGUUGGAUGAGGCUACCGCUAAUGUUGAUCCUCAUACCGACGAGUUGUUACAGAAGACUAUAAGAACUAAUUUUGCGAACUGCACAGUUUUGACUAUUGCACACAGGUUACAUACAAUCAUGGAUUCAGAUAAGGUGUUGGUUAUGGAUAAUGGCAGGGCUGUAGAGUUUGACCACCCUUACAUACUGUUGCAAAAGAAAGGAGCUUUCUAUGACUUAGUCAUGGAAACUGGACGAAAAAUGGGUGACAGUUUAAUAGAAGUAGCAGAGAAGAAUUAUAGCAGUUAUAAUUAUCUGAAAUAAUAUAACCAUUCAGAAGACGAAUUCGUGCUAUGAAUUAUUAUGGGUUCCUAAAACUGAAUCAGUAUUUUUUGAUGAUAUUUUUGUUAUAUAAAGUAUUAUUUAAAAA